CUCACUGGUUUAGUACCAAUUUGUCGUAGGUCAGGAUGGGAGAGGCUGAGUAUUUAUCUCCUAGGGCGGAGGCCGCUUGCAGAGGCUUAAUAUAAAGUUAGUUUUCUUUCCUGCUUCAUGUUUUAGGCAUCUUUUCUUCCACGUCUUGUGCCUUUGAGCCAGGAAGUUGUAUUUGGCGGCUUUGCUCGGUUAUUUUGUCUCUGGGGUGUCUCUUAUACUUUCCCUCUUUUAUAGGCACGUUUUUCAUAUCGAGUGGUAUUUAGAUAAUAGCCAGGGGCUCACAACCUCCAACAUGGACUUCACGAAACUACAAGGUAUCAAAUUCGAUACCUCAUCCUCCAACACCACCCUCAUAAAUCUUCCCUCAACACUCCUCGAAGCCCUCAUCCCCGGAUAUGGACUCAUCUCGCAGAUAAUCUUCAAGCUCCUCGGUUUCGAUAUCGGCCUCGUCGUCUCCGCGUGUCUCGUCGUCGUCGGUCUAAGCAAAGCAAUCCAAUACCUCUACAACAAAUCCUACGGCGUCUUCUCCUCCUACUUCAUGUCCAGCAUCCAAAUCGAAGACGACGAUGAACUCUUCUCCCAAAUCAUGGAAUGGAUCGCGGAGCAAUCUAUGACAAAAGUGUCGCGGGAUCUCAAGGCGGUUACGAAAUGGGUCUCGGCUUACGAGGAGAGUAGUGAAGAAGCCAACGCAUCUGACGACGAUGUGCUCGAUGAAUCCGGAAUCUUCAAUUUCGAAAAAUGGGCGAGUAAUAUUCCGCCCAGAUAUGAGCCUAACUUUGGGAGUGACCGGUUCUGGUAUGAGGGGAAGAUGUUUUUCUUCUCUCGGACGCGGCGCGAGAAACAGAACAAAAGUCCGUGGGGGAACAACGAGGAUCAGUUCCUGGAUAUCAGCUGCGUGGGUCGGAGUACGGAGCCGAUUAAAGAGUUGUUAAAUCAGAUCAAGAGGUGGACGUUGACUAAGGACAACAAGAUGACAGCAAUCAAUCGGCCAGCACCGAAAGAGGAACGGAGGGAUUAUGCGUGGGAUCGAACUUCUCUGCGACCUUCUAGGCCCAUGAGUACAGUAUCUCUCGACCAGGAACAGAAGGCAAAGAUCGUCAUGGAUAUCAACGAAUAUCUCCACCCAGCGAGUGCUCGGUGGUACGCCGCUCGUGGCAUCCCCUACCGGCGAGGCUAUCUCUUCCAUGGCCCUCCUGGCACAGGCAAAACAUCCUUGUCCUUUGCUCUAGCCGGCAUCUUUGGUCUUGACAUCUAUUGUAUUUCACUCAUGGAAGUUGGCCUCACGGAAUCCGAUCUCAACAAGCUCUUCACCAAUCUUCCACGCCGUUGUAUCGUGCUCCUCGAAGACAUCGACUCCGCCGGUCUCCGCCGUCCUGACGAACCAAGUAAUCCAACCGCCAAAGAUGACGAGGAUUCGAGCGAGGAUUCUGGCACGGACGACGGUAGCUUGACGAAAGUUAGCAAGGCCGAUGCCGGAAUAAAGACACCGGGGCAGAACCCACUAACGAAUGGCUUCAAGAGCUUGAUCUCACUGUCCGGGCUGUUGAACGUAAUUGACGGGGUUGCGUCGCAUGAGGGCAGAGUGCUAAUCAUGACAACCAACCACCCAGACAAACUCGACGCCGCUUUAGUCCGCCCUGGCCGCGUUGAUAUGCAAGUCGGCUUCUCGCUCGCAACGCGCGACCAAAUCCGUGAUAUCUUUACUCGCAUGUACUCGACUGAGCACGACAUUGAAAAGUCGGCCUCUAACUCUACCACCUCUUCUUCAAAGCCCCCUACCAAAGACAAAUCCAAACCUGUUGAAUCCCCCAAGCUUAAAGACCCAGACCAAGAAUUCUACGAGCUCCUAUCCCAGCCACCCGUCCUAGACAUUGUGGAGCCGGAGAAACUGAAAGAGAUGGCAGAGCAAUUUGCUGGACUGUUGCCAGAGGGAAACUUCUCCCCGGCGGAGAUACAGGGAUUUUUGUUGAUGCGGAAGAAGGAACCAAGUCGGGCGCUGAAGGAGGUGGAGGCGUGGAGGGAUGGGUUGAUUGAUAUGAAGAAGAAGGGUGAGAAGGUUUUGGAAGUGCAGUAGCGAGAGGGUGAGGAGGUGGGGUUUUCCUAUAUUUCGGAAGGUGAAAAUAUUACGGAUUCGGAUGGAGUUCAUCAAGGAUCUUGUGCAAGACAUUCGGGGAAUUGAUUAUUCUAUCCGGCGUUAAAUAGGCCUUGUUAUAUGUAUCCUAUCUUAUCUAAAAACACCAGCAGAUUUGGGAUGAUUCUAAUACUGUUAGAACCCCUUGAAUUUUUCUGUAUAUAUAUAUAUAUAUAUAUAUAUUUCAAUAAAAAGGUAUGGUAGCUAUGAUAGCUGACGCGAUAGGGCUGCCUGGAUUUGGGGUGUGCAUGUAACAAAGAGAUUGUACACGG